UUAUUUUAUCACCGGACCGUGCAUUUGCCGUUUUCCUUGUCAUUCCAUCUAUAGUUGUACUGCCCCGAAGCAAACACCUUCAAAUACUUGUGUCUUCAUCAGUUUCUGCCAUAAUAAUCUUGAAUAGCUUACAAACAUGUACUUCGAAGCUUGGAUAUUAUUAUUAAGUUUCAUUCACGUGAUUCUUGGAUAUCCAGAUGGGGCACCUGAACGUGCUUGCUUUUACAUGACACCAAGACAUACACAUCCACAUACAGGCCAACCGUGUUUAAAACAAAUGGGGCCAGCCCCAUAUAGAAUAACUGUUUCUAAUACAACUUUUACUGCUGGAAAUCCCAUACACGUAACAAUAACUGGUGCACCUUUUAAAGGAUUUUUCAUAAUAGCAGCUGAAGAAGGUUCAAAAGAUUGGCCAAGCGGUACAUUUAGUUCCCAAGAUCCCCUUAAAGGUAGAACAGUGUGGUGUUCUGUACGAAAUGACGCAGCCACACAUUCAAACGACAGAUGGAAGGAUGCCGUUACGUUACAGUGGUGGGGACCUAGCUUUAGUCCAGCAGAUAUGAUUAGAUUUGUAGCUACAGUUGUUACAAACAGAACAACAUACUGGACAGACAUAUUAGGACCAGUGAUGACCCAAGGUCAAGCUGCAGAGGGAGCAGUCGUAGAAGGAGCUGGAGGUUUAUUCUCAGGAACAGGAAGAGAUGCAUGGGGAUAUCCAACAACUGCAUCAUGGAUGAACAACAACAACAAUAGAGGAGGUGGUGGAGUGGGAGGCAUGGGAGGAGCAGGAGGAGGAAGAGGUUUUUCACCUAAUGUCGGAGGAUUUAACAACAAUAACGGGUUUAACAGUUUUGCCCGUGGAGCAGGAGGUGAGGGUCCAACUAAACCAACACCGACAGAGGGCGGGUCAAUAUGGAAUGAACAACCACGUGGUCGGGGAAAUUCGUUUCAAGGCCGUGGUGGAGGUAAUGCAGGUAAUGCAGGUAGAGGAGGAUCUACGAAUACUGCAUUCCUUCAAAUGGUGAAAUCCUUAUUCGGAAUGAAGAAAUGAUUGAAACGUUUGUGAAACAAAUAAACACAAUUUAAAUAUAAAUCGAAAAAUAUUUGUCCACAUAUUUCCGAAAAGGAUAUUCGGACAUACUUUUAUAUGAGCCUAGGUACAUGUAUGCUGCGGUUUACUGAAAGGCGUCUUUUUCUCAUUAAAGAUGCUGCAUGAAGUCCCUCUAUCAUUUUAAAUGUUAUGUAUCUCCAUGUCAGGAGGUCAUCUGAUAUAGCAGCUUUGAUUAAAGUUUGACAAGAGAGUGGUCAUAAAUAUUCGCGAUUAUUUUUUCCUAUUAAAAUUAUAUAAAAUGUU